AUGGCUUGCACGGAACCCUCGCUCCCCGGAGCCUUCAACAUUCUAGGCACAGUCGGCCAGGACAAGCUCUUGCGCCUGAAGCACAAACUGAAGACGCUGCACCUGAGCUGCCAGGGGGCUGGCCUUCUUCGUGCCAUGGUGCUCCUGACUCUGGGCCAGGACACUGAGGCCCGGCUGUCCCUAGAGAUGCUGAGGACAGACUCAGCGGCCCGGUUCGUGGCCCACCAGUGGGCCGGCAUGGACGUCCCCGAGGCCCCGGAGGAACCACCAGACAUGUCCUGGACAGUUGCCCGCGUGUACCACCUACUCGCCGAGGAGAAGCUGUGCCCGGUGUCGCUGCGGGAGGCUGCCUACCAUGCCGCCCUCCAGGCCUUCAGCUCUAUGGAUGACCCCCGGCUGCCGGAGCUCCAGGCCGAGGCCCGUGACCGGUGUGGGUGGGAUGUCAGUGACCUGGGGGACUUCCAGUGCUUGCGCUCCGAUCUAGGCACCCUCCCACCACCCUCGGCGUCACCCUUGGGGACCCGGAGCCUCCCACAGCCCAUUAAAGUUCCCUCGGGCUGGAGCCGGGCCUGCUCCCUGAGGUCUUCUGGCAGCCCAGCCUCUCUGGCCAGCAAUCUGGAGAUCAGCCAGUCACCCACUGUGCCCUACCUCACCCAGCCCCGCAGUCCCCCUGGGCCCAGCAAGCUCUGUGGCAAGCCCUGGGCCAGCCCCAGGCCUGAGCCUGCGCCCGUGGGCCAUCAGGAGCCCGAGCAGGUGAGCUGGCCCCCUUCUGUAGAGACUGACCCCCCCCAGGAGCCUCCGCUCAGUGCAGUGCCUCAGUUACCUGUGGUGGACCCAGAUCCAAGUCCUGCUGGCCCACCUGACCCCUCAGCACCUCCAGAAUCCAGAGCCCACUAUCCAGUGGAGUGUACUGAGAUGUCUGCAUCUCUCCUUUCACCUCCCCAGUCUCUCCCCUUACCUGUCCUGAAGGCUACUAACAACCCCACCAAGGACGGUACACCCCUCCCACUUUCUGUAGAAGACACUGCCUCCCAGAAAACCAAGUCGUGCCCACCUCCUCCUCCGGCUCCCCAGAGAUCCCCUCCCUCUCCCUCUCCUUCUCCAUCGCCCCAGUGUGCAGCCGCCCCACCCUCAUCCUCAGACCCCUCGCCCCCCGAGUUGGAGUCAUCGGAACAGAAGUUCUAUAACUUCGUGGUACUCCAUGCCAGGGCCGAUGAGCACGUGGCCCUGCGUGUCCGAGAGAGGCUCGAGGAGCUGGGUGUGCCCGAUGGGGCCACCUUCUGUGAGGACUUCCAGGUGCCCGGGCGUGGUGAGCUCACCUGCCUGCAGGACGCCAUCGACCACUCAGCCUUCACCAUCCUGCUGCUUACUCCCAACUUCGACUGCCGCCUGAGCAUGCACCAGGUAAGCCAGGCCCUGAUGAACAGUUUUGGACGGCCUGGUUGGCUGGACUCCGUCAUCCCCUUCCGGCCCCUGGAGACAUCCCAGCUCAGCUCCGACACAUCCAGACUGCUCUCCAGCCUUGUGUACUUGGACGAACACUCCCAGCUCUUCAACAGGAAGGUGAAGAACACCUUCAAGAAGCAGACGCUGCAAGAGCGAAAGGCCAACUGGAAGAGGGAGCAGGAGACACGGGCCAUCCGGGAACAGAGCCAGCGUUUGGAGGGUGAGCGACAGCAGCUAGCUGACAUGAACGCUGCCUACUCUGCCUACAUGCACAGCUACGUGGCCUGGCAGGCCCAGAUGGAACAGCUGCAUAUGGCUUUCGGAACCCAGAUGUCAUUGGGGACUCACAUGCCCCCCAGAGCACAUAUGCCUUCUGGAGGACAGGUCCCCGUGGGGCUGCAGCCACCCAUGCCCACCUGGCCAGCCUACCCUCAGCCACCCCUGCCUCCGGGGCUGGCUGGCAACCCACCAGCCUUCACGCAGCGCCCCUCCUUCCUGCCGGCCUCCCCUGCAGCCCCUCCGAGCCCUGGGCUGCAGCCCCUCAUCAUCCACCACGCACAGAUGGUCCAGCUAGGGCUCAACAACCACAUGUGGGGACAGAGGGGAACUCAGGCCCCCGAGGACAAGACCCAAGAAGCAGAAUGA